GUGGCCUCGGCUGUCAAUCAUCGGGCCCAGUUGGUGAUUUCUCGCCAGCACCUCGUGAUCGCCAAUGGAGGGAGAGACCUGCGUAUAAACAACACAGAUUUCUCCCCUGUCAGCUCCUGCACACUGCUUUAUAUGGCUCUGCGUAGCAGUGUGCUUACAGUGAAAAACAGCACACAGUAAAACACACACAGCACACAUAAAACAGCACACAGAUAACCCUUUGAUCAACCCAGAUAUUAACCCCUUCCUGUCCAAUGCCAUUAGUACAGUGUCAGUGCUUUUUAUUAGCACUGAUCAUUGUAUUGGUGUCACUGGGGAUAUCAAUGGCAGGUAG